AACCUGAACUCAUCAGGAAAGAGCUCGUCGAGCUCAGACGGGCCGAAGUUUCCAGGCGAUAAGAGUUCGGCUCCGAGCAACAACAACCAGCAGAAGAAAGGGAUUCAGGUUCUUCCUGAUGGCCGGGUCACCAACAUCCCUGUCGGCAUGGUAACGGACCAGUUUGGAAUGAUCGGCUUGUUGACGUUCAUCCGGGCGGCGGAGACGGACCCUGGCAUGGUCCACCUCGCUCUGGGCUCGGACCUGACCACGCUGGGCCUCAACCUCAACUCACCAGAGUACGGGUGGCUCACACACACACACACACACA